AUGUCCGUACACACGUGCAUCACCUGCAGAGUGGUAUUCGCUACAUCCGACUUCCAGCGAUCUCACUACAAGUCGGAUUGGCACCGCUACAACCUUAAGCGCAAAGUUGCAGAGCUGCCAGCAGUAAACGCCGACGCCUUCAAGGAACGAGUUCUCGCUCAGCGUGCGAAGGUCGAGGGAGAAGAGAAGAAAGGUGAGGUCUCAUUCUAUUGCAGUGCCUGCAACAAGCUGUUUGGCAACAACAAUGCUUUUCAGAAUCACAUUGGCUCCAGAAAACACAAGGAGAUGGAGGCGUCAGACAGUGUGAAAAAGAAAAGUGUAAUCAAGCAGAAAAACCAUCUGAAUCUUGAGAAGGGAAUGACUGAGACCGGCAAACAUAGUUCAGUAACCAAAAGGGUGGAAGAGAGUACUGGCGAUGGUGUGCAAUCUGUAAUGGAUACGACGUCAGAGCCCUCUGCAGCGCCAUCAGCUUCCUCGUCUGCGACCGGGGGCAUCAGCGGGGCAAUGAAGAGCAAGAUGCGAGCGCCGGAGCCAGCAGGCAGACGACUGAAGGAGAGCGAUGCGGACCACGAUGACAUGGGCAGCGAAGAUGACGUCGACGAUUGGGAGGACGUAGAGGGCGAUGAAGAAGACGAGGAGGCAGAGGAAGGAGAGGAAGUGUGGCUUGGAGACCCCAUCCUCCCCGUGGACUGCCUCUUCUGCCCCCAUCACAGCUCCAGCGUCGAGCAGAAUGUCAGUCACAUGAGUCGCGAUCACAGCUUCUUCAUCCCUGACGUGGAAUAUCUGGUUGACACAGAAGGUCUUAUCACGUACCUAGGGGAGAAGGUGGGCAUGGGUAACGUGUGCCUAUGGUGCAACGAGCGAGGUAAGGGAUUCCACAGCACACACUCCGUACAGCAGCACAUGUACGACAAGGGCCACUGCAAGAUGCUGUUCACCGGUGAUGCCGUGUUCGAAUACUCCGACUACUACGACUACAGGUCUAGUUACCCAGACCACAAGGAGGUGGAGGGCACCGAGGCAGAGCAAGAUGAAGAGGUUGAUCUCCCAGCUCUAGCUGAGCAGUACUAUGCACUGGUGCUGCCAUCUGGUGCAUCAAUUGGUCACAGGUCUCUGCUGAGGUAUUAUCGUCAGAACCCUCCACAGAAGGAACGACCGAGGCGCGGAGCGGUCAGCAAGGUGCUUGGACAGUACAGAGCACUUGGCUGGACAGGCAACACAAGUGUGCGCACCCCCCAGCAGAUGAAGGAUAUAGGCUACCUGCAGCGAGCAAGAGCGAGAUAUUACACGCAGCUCGGGCAGAAGGGAAAUAGCAUACUGCAGAAACACUACCGAAGCCAGAACCCAAUCUAAGCCUGUCGCAAGGUGGCGCUACUGUUCGGUGCAGAUGAAUGAACACCGUAGCAGACAGACUUCGAGACCAGGCCAGGCUCUGUUUUUGUACUUUGCUGUUUUUUGCAUUUUUGUUAUAUGGUGGAUAUCAGGGCUACAUCAGUGGCUCAAGUCUUGGCUCAAACUUUAAAACAUCCAGAGGGAGCAUAUCACUCAUAUAUUAUGCAUAUAUAUA